GUGGAUGAAACUGGAGGCUCACUGUGGAAUUACGCAUUAUCCUGGUUGCAGUCAAUCUUGGUGCUUGAUGUGUUUGGCAGAAAAUAUUUGAAUCAGAUCCCCUGGCUACGUAGUGCGUUGUCAGAACCGUUGUUGGAGGGCAACACGGAGGUGGGUGAGCUCGAGGCCGGACUGGAUACAUUUUCUCUGUUACGUAGUGCCAAAGCAGCUUUGUCCCUCGAUCGGGAAGACUUCGUCGAUUCGGAAACAGAUCCCAGCGAGGAGCUGAACGACACGGAUGACGGAAUAGAGUUGGCUGUUCGUUUACUUGGACAACUACGUGGUCAGGCACGUGUGGUGGCUGCCGACUGGCUCGCCGAUGCUCGUCUCUAUCUUGAAGCUCGUCAGGCUGCCCAAGCCCUUUUGGCUUACGCGGCUGCACGAGGCAUGUCUACGUUUCAGAAGCGAUUGUGA